AUGGUCAAUAGAACCAAAACAGAAAUCACAUGCACUUGUAACCACCUCACAAACUUUGCUGUUCUUAUGCACGUUGGAGCAGACAAGGAGGUUAGUUGGAGCAUAGUUAUUAGAGAAGACUGGUUAUGAAAAGCGGCAAACAUCAAUGAUAAAAAACAACAGUGCUGCAGUUUAUGUUGGAAGCACCCUGAAAGUGCACAAUCCUUUGUUUUCUGUUGGCAAAUUGUUACGGAAUAAAUUAAUGCAACGUUUUUAUUGGUCAAUACAAUCAAAAUGAUAGGAAUUCUUUUGAACGUUGUGCACUUUCAGGUCCACAAAAACAUAUAACAAAGGAGUCUGACGGGGUUCAUAACCAUUCCACUCAAUUAACUAUGGUUUGAGCGACUUAAUUGUUUUCCGCAGGUCCCACUACAAUAACAACACGCGAGUAAGAACCGAGAUUUUAAGAAUCGUUUAGGCUAAAAAGUGCUAGUUAGGCCAACUCUACACAAGCUCCUGUUUAGCCUAAAAUGUGGAACAGGUUCUAUGAAAAAUUCUCUCAAUUUCCAUACAUUGCUUUAUUGUUGUUGUGUUUCCAUGUUUGAUAUAUACCGCGCAGGAUUUAUCACUCCAGCGCUGGAUCAGAUGUAGUACCUGCGAUUUAUAGCUAUACUCUCGCUGACUUAUCGCAGAUUUCCAGAGACGUGGAUGUGAAAAUGUAGAUAUCUUCCAUAAAUUUCAAAAAUUUCAUCUAUAGUUGAGCUACAAACUGUUAUUUAAACGAUAUUAUUGCAUAAGAGUUUAAUUAACUGUUGGAGCUGAGAUAAGGCAUUUCAAUACAGAUGAAAUUACAUUUCAAAUUCAUGUUGUCACUGCUUCAGUUUUUCUUCUUAAAUUGAUUUUUACAUCAAUUUUAAUUUGAUAUGCAGAUUUGAUAUAAAGAAUAAACUGAAUGCCUCUAAAUAUUCAAUGUAUUUUUUCUUCAGAAAAUAACUGGAACUUAUUUAAGAACCUCAAAUAGCCUAAAUUUUUGCUAAUUAUACCAUUUAUGUAAGCAUUGUUCAAGCAGAUUUGAGUGGUCCCCCCUCUGAAUCCUUCCAAAAUUUUCAGUGAUCCCCCCCUUUUGGGCUCUCAGUUACGACUGAUCCCCCCCUCUGUUCUCCUAAAAAUCAAGUGAUCCCCCCCAAAAUCCUCCGACCCCCCCCCCCUCCCCCCUCAGGUGAUAAAUAAUGACCGGUCCCUAAAUUGGGAAAAUGCAGGUUCUUACUCGCGGGUUUUUACUGUACCAUAUGUGUUAAAAUAAAUAAGGGGAGCAUCUACAAUCGUAGCGCCAUGAACCCUUAUCACAUUGUCAUUUAAUAGUUUUAGUGACUCGAGUAAUAAGGAGGGCAUGCCAAUUUUCGCCAUUUAGAGUACUUCUUUGCAAAAUAUUAAGGGGCCCUGACCCUUGCCAAUAUUUGUCUUUCUUGAUUUGGCGUAUUUGCAAACAGUUUUUAAACUAUCUUUCAAACAGGUUCCAGCAGAUCAUAAGGUGGCAUUGAAAGUCAUUACUUACGUUGGGUGUGCUCUGUCGCUUAUCGAAGAAGCACUCACCGCUGUUGCAUAUUGCGUCCUCAUGUGAGUUACAAAUAAUAUACCGUUAUAAAAGAGCUCAGACAUUUAGAUUUGGUUUUUGUGAUAUCCGGAAUAAUCAAGGUCAAGGUAAGCGUUUUUAAUUCACGCAUCUUGGUUUCAAAUGCACCCAGCAUAACGAGGCCGAGGAAGAGUGAAACCAAGAUUGUCGCCUGCAUCUAUCGUCCACCGAGCGCUUUAAACAGAAUUUCCAGCAUCAAAUGUUUAACCAUAGCACAUUAAGACGUGCUUUGUUUCUGAACUAUUUGUAUUGAAUCUUUAGUCAAUACUUAGUAAAUGCAAAGUUAUGACAAUAACAAAACCACAAUGGAGGGGAAGGGGGAGUCAGCCGCCCUCUUCACAACCCCUCGUAGCGCAGUUAGGCUCUGCCGGUUAGCUUGUCAGACGUUCAUUUAUGAUUUUUAAAUUAAGAAGCACCUUAACAUGGGAUUUUCCUGCUUUGAAAAACAUAACAAUUGUCAACGGUGUUCAAUUAUUUUUUGCCUCGUUCAGGGAUUUGAAAGAAGACCAAACUCAAAUCCGUUUUAACCUUGUGGUCGCCAUAGCGAUAGCACAAAUCACGUUUCUUGCUGGAAUUGAGGCCACAGAAGUUAUGGUAAGCUAAAGAUGUUAGUUGAUCAGAGGCACCCAACGACUGUUUUCUGUAAAAUAUCUGUUCCAGCACAAAUUGCCCAGAAUUUUCUAUACCUUGGGGCAGACUGAGAAUUUCUAGAUGACCGUUCCGUUCAUGUACAAUUUUCGAAGCUUAUCUAAUAAAUUCGCUACGAUUUUCUGAAGUUUAAUUUUUGGCAUUUUACCCACCAGAUUAAGCUAUUUUUCGGAGAAAAAGGAAACCGAAAAAAUUCGGAUUCGAAAAUGCGAUGGAAAGAGAAAUCGGAAAAAUUCUCUCUUCUUCUCCCAUCUCAAAUUUUCCCCAGCGGGAAGAUAAUACUGAAGCCCUUGUAAUUUGGAAAAGACUCAAGUUGCCCUAGGAUGACCGAACAGAUAUAAAUUUUAUAGCGCCGAUUAGAAUGUAUUUCUAAAGGUCUAAAAGUACUCUGGAUAGUCUGAAAAGUGUUUUCAAUGCAUUUAGGAGAAAACCGUCGUUGGGUGCCCCUGGUUAAUCUGAAAGAUAAAGAAAUAAUGAGAAGCCUUGACUGACAGUUUUGAUGACUGUCAGCCAUCUUUAUCAAAACUUGAAAAACAUUGAAAGUGUCACAAACCUUAAAUAGGAACAGGGACGAGGGAGCCUAUCAGCUUUCUCCCAUAUGGACACAAGUGAUCUCCACCCCCCAACCAGGGGAGGAGGGGGCGUCUACAGAGUGACUUUGCGCGUUUAUCGCAAUAAUUAACACCUUCAGAAGACUAUUUAAGGCUUCUGACACUUUUAAUGUUUUUCAAGUUUUGAUAAAGAUGGCUGACAGUCAUCGAAACUGUCAGCAUCAAUAAGACGUUAAGACUGGCUAUGUUUUAAGAACAUUUAAAUCGACUGGAUGAUAAAUUGAUUGAAACACUGUAAAAACAAAACUCAAAAAUGAAAGACCGUUGGAUGUAAACGAGUUGAGCCUUGAAUAACUCAAUUUCAUUAGAUGGCAUAAUCCCGUGGCCUCGAUUUUACGCAAAUGCGCUAAAGGAACAGGGUGGCAAAUGGUGGGGGAGGGGAGGGAAGGGGAGGGAAAUGCCUAUCACGCAUUACAGAGUAAUAAAAUAAAAUAUUAACGACAUUAACAAGUAUCAGGAGCCUAUCUUAUUGUCAUGUGAUCUAAGGAAAUCAGAGGUCGAGGAACGAGAAAAAAGUGCAAGAAGUUGGUGUCAUAACUAUAUAUUUUGUAUGUCUCUCAGUCUUCUUCUACUUUCAAAUGAUAUCAACCAUCGCAGAAAUUUCAAAGGAAAAUCACGUGUCACGCGUUGUAAAAAUAGUGAAUCACGCAUAACGCUGCUAGGCCAAAUCACGCCUUACGCGUUUGAUUUAAUUGACCACUCAAGAAAAUACCAUAACAUACCAUAAUGCUCUUUGUUUGUCACCCCAAAAUUUGGCAUAAGCUUUAUUUUCAGUUUUUCUUGGGGCCAUUUUAAGUCCCUAGAGAAACUGAAUACAACGCUUAUGCAAAAUUUUGGGGUGACAAACAAAGAGCAUUAUGGUAUGUUACGGUAUUUCUGGAGUGGUCAAAUGGGUUCGAUAACGCGUCACGGACUGAAACCCCUUUGCCACCCUGAAAGGAUAAUUUGGGAGGAAUGGAGUCUGAUAGCACUGACGUUUAGCGAUGGUUCAACUCCUGUAUGAUAUUUCGCAAACAUGGCAGUCAAGUUUAUUCUGUCACCUUUUAGGGAAAUAAAAAUUGUCCUUGAUAGAUUUUUUCGGCUGCUCUGAUUAGUAUAGGAAACAGGUAUACACUAGGUAUGGGUCUAACGUUACAUAGGAUCUAAUGAACUGUUACUGACAGACACACGACAGUGCCUAAAACUUGUGGCUCGGUGGUCGAUUGCUCUUUAGUUCUCUUUAGUAUCUUUGGCUUGUUUGCAUUACAUCAAUAGUUUUUUAUCUUUUUCCUUAAUAGUUUUCUUUUUUUUUUUGUGGGGUCGGGAUGGGGGGUGGUAAAAAGCGUGCCGUUAUGGACAAUGUGAUGACGGUGAAUCCCGUUUCUUUAUAGGAACUGUGUGUGUUUGUAGCAGCCAUGAUUCAUUACUUCUAUCUGGUGGGAUUUGCUUGGAUGUUAUUUGAGGGUGUUUAUCUGUAUCUGAUGGUUGUCAAAGUGUUCAAUACGGUCAUCAGAUUGCGUUUAUUCUAUGGAGUGGCUUGGGGUAAGUAUUAAAGCAAAAGCCUACUACAGAAAAUGGCCCGUUGGUAGAUCUAGUCAAGAGGUCGUGACUUGUAAGUCCCUUCCGGGAUCAAAAGCAUUUCGUUAAUUGACCACUCCAAAAAUACCAUCAUAAUGCUCUUUGUUUGUCACCCCAAAAUUUCGCGUAAGCUUUAUUUUCAGUAUCUCUUGGGGCCAUUUUAACUCCCUAGAGAAACUGAAGACAAUGCCUAUGCAAAAUUUUGGGGCGACGAAAAAAGAGCAUUAUGGUAUGUUAUGGUAUUUUGUGGAGUGGUUAAUUGAUUCCUGGUUUAUCUAGUUACUUUCCUUACAUACUUACAAGGACUUGCAAUUGAGACUUGCUAUUCAGAGGAAUUUGUACAGUUUCUCACUUCUCAACACCACAGUUCUCAUAAGAGUGCUACACUGACGUAGCUGACCUAACCCAACUGAGCCUAACUUUUCAUUUUUCUCUUUUUCGUUUUCAAUCAAACCUUAGGCGUCUCCCUUUUGAUUGUGGUUUUAUCGAUCGUGAUUGCUUCCAUUCAAGAUGGCGGGAUAGAAAGCUAUGUUCAUGAUCAUUUGUAAGUAAACAAACCAGAUCUUAAUACUACCGGAACAAAACGGAGCAAGAAAAAAUUGGAGGUUUCAAGAAACUGUUUUUUUUUUAAUUACCAUUUUUAUUUAUUUAUUUAUUUAUUUAUUUAUUUAUUUAUUUAUUUAUUGCAAAAUUACUUAUGAAAUUUGCCCAAACUGCCUUUUUCAGAGGAAUUAUUAUCAGCACGUUCAUGUUACAGGCCAAAACAAUUGGUUUUCAAACAAUUGAAAAUGUUCGAAGGCUUUUUCUUCAACAUUUCCAAUUUUAACCGUCAAGUUUUAUCAAGCAAUCCUUUCUAAGUAACACCUUGAUUUUCUUUAUUUUUUUCAGUUGUUGGGUUUCCUUCAAAAAUAACCUUAUCUGGACGUUUGUUGCGCCUGUUCUCUUAGUUUGCACGGUAAGGGUAAGAAAGUGAAAAUGUUCCAUAAGUGAAUAAGUUUGUUAAGAGAACAAGUUAAAAAAAUUAUUGCUUGCAGAAUACUGAGGCUCAUCUGUAACUGAUUAAAAAUUGAUAUAAUCAUCAAAUAUUUGCCAUGAAAAUGUAAGACGUGAAACUGAAAUUAAUAACGAUUCAUGUAGAAACAAGAAAACCAGAAUAUUUAGCUACCUUUCAUAUCAUAGUCUUGGUGGAUUACAGUAAGCCCAUAAAUGGACUGCAUGAUAGCGGCUACCAGUGCCGCCCUUGCAUGCUGACGUCAGAGCUUACUGUUAACAUGUAAAUAUAUACUGUAAAGAGGACACGUCUAUUGUCCUCUCAUCCACGGCAUUUCAUUUAUUCAUUUAUUUGCGGGUAAUAAACACAUCUGGGAUAAAGCGCUGCGGUGGAGGGGAGGCUGUGACGUCAUACUUAGUUUGAUAUGCUUGAGAUGUUUCAUACGUCCGAGCUUUGAUCGAUUAUUUAUCGAUUAUAUUUUAUGUUUUCGUUUAUUUAUUUAUUUAUUUAUUUAUUUAUUUAUUGUAGUUAUAUUUUCAAGACCUGAGAGAAAGAAAGAAACAGGGUCCAAGGUUUCUGCCAUCAAAAGAUAUCUUAUUCUCUUGCAUUGUUUCUACGCAGAUAAACUCAGUUUUACUUGCCCGAGUGGUUCUUGAGAUCCUAAGAAUGCAAGCCGACAAAACAUCUCAUCUGGAAAGAGCUCGACAAGGAGUUAAAGCAUGCGCAGUUUUGUUUCCUCUUUUUGGACUGACCUGGGUGUUUGGUGUCUUAAGUGUCACAGAUGCUGGACUCGUAUUUCAGUACAUCUUUACCAUUUUCAACUCAUUGCAGGUAUAGUACUAGGAAAUCCAACAUGUUAACUUUUUGAGUAGUUUGAGGGAACAGCCGACAUUUCGCAGUUCAUAGCAUUGUUGAACGUAUUUUAGUAUUUAAACGGUAGAUAUAGGCAUAUUUUUAUCCCCUAAAAAUUUUUCAUCUGUUCGGCUUUCCUAGCUGAAAGUCUAGUGAUCCGAAAAUUAUAGGGAUCAAAACUUACCUUUUCGAAAAUUUCAACAAGAAAAAAGGCUCCCGAAAAUCUUAGGUGACCUUUUCAGGGUAAUAAUCCGUUAAAAAUGGGCAAUUAUGCCACUUUUUAGAUGUUAGAAAAUCCAAGGAGAGGCGGGCAAGCAAGAAAUUUUACAAAAAAUGUCCCGAAAAUUCUAGAUCUCAAAUCGUCUUCCGAACAGAUAUUUUCCGAAAAUUGACGUUGGGUGCCCUGAUUUCGCGACGCCACCACUGGUUUCCCCAAGAAAUAACGUUUGGCGGAGAACAUCCAUACUGAUGAUGUGUCACAACCCAGAUCUGGGAAGUGCUUCUUAUUGGAUGAAGCAGAUUUUAACCAAUCAGAAGCACUACCCAGAUCUGGGUAGUGACGCGUAAUAGGGAUGGAAUUGCUCCGCUUGUUUCUCCAACGUCAUUACGCGGGGAAACCAGUGGUGGUGUUGCACAAUGUCAGCUGUUUUCUCAGGCUAACUGACAGCGAGCAAAUAUUCUUUUAUCAGAGUACUCAGCUCGGUGACUAAAAAAGCCGUUUUUAUUAACUCAUUCGUUCAUUUAUUCAUUUAUUUGUUUAUUUUGCCACGCAAGCAUUCGAGGUUUACUCCAGACUUUGACAUUAGUGUCAAGGAAUGUAGCGAUCGAGAGCAUUAACAUGAACAUAGAAUAGUAGAGAUGGUGGGCGGUACCUGAUACCAUGUACUGCGAUUAACCAUUGACUAUAAAUUUUGCCUUCAUUUCUUCUUUUCUCUCAUCCUUAUGUAUGAACUUAACUUUCUUUUUUUUUUGGACGAUACACACAUUUUUAGGGUUUGUUCAUCUUCAUCCUUCACGUUUUGAGAAACAGCGACGUACGUGCAGCAUACUCUAGAAAAAUGCAGAAGAGGAAUGCGGCAAAAAGCGUGAAAAACUCUCAAGAAAANAAUGUCCCGAAAAUUCUAGAUCUCAAAUCGUCUUCCGAACAGAUAUUUUCCGAAAAUUGACGUUGGGUGCCCUGAUUUCGCGACGCCACCACUGGUUUCCCCAAGAAAUAACGUUUGGCGGAGAACAUCCAUACUGAUGAUGUGUCACAACCCAGAUCUGGGAAGUGCUUCUUAUUGGAUGAAGCAGAUUUUAACCAAUCAGAAGCACUACCCAGAUCUGGGUAGUGACGCGUAAUAGGGAUGGAAUUGCUCCGCUUGUUUCUCCAACGUCAUUACGCGGGGAAACCAGUGGUGGUGUUGCACAAUGUCAGCUGUUUUCUCAGGCUAACUGACAGCGAGCAAAUAUUCUUUUAUCAGAGUACUCAGCUCGGUGACUAAAAAAGCCGUUUUUAUUAACUCAUUCGUUCAUUUAUUCAUUUAUUUGUUUAUUUUGCCACGCAAGCAUUCGAGGUUUACUCCAGACUUUGACAUUAGUGUCAAGGAAUGUAGCGAUCGAGAGCAUUAACAUGAACAUAGAAUAGUAGAGAUGGUGGGCGGUACCUGAUACCAUGUACUGCGAUUAACCAUUGACUAUAAAUUUUGCCUUCAUUUCUUCUUUUCUCUCAUCCUUAUGUAUGAACUUAACUUUCUUUUUUUUUUGGACGAUACACACAUUUUUAGGGUUUGUUCAUCUUCAUCCUUCACGUUUUGAGAAACAGCGACGUACGUGCAGCAUACUCUAGAAAAAUGCAGAAGAGGAAUGCGGCAAAAAGCGUGAAAAACUCUCAAGAAAACCGCAAUACAAUCGGAUUGUUGUCACGUAAAUUGACAAAUGAACCACGUUGUACAAAAGUACCUAGCAGUGCCUCUCUAAGAGCAUCGGUUGGAGUAAAAAGCAAGAUUGACAACGCCCUGCUCGAGGAAAGAACCACGACUCCCGUUGACACGUAA